GAAAUUUCUAUUAAAGUUGAGGGGUGAAUUGAUAGGUUUGUUCAUGUUAGACAGUCUGCUGACAUAGCAAAACAUAAAAUCACGGCCUCACUCAGGCAAAAGAGCUUCGCCUGACAGAUCGGAAACUGCCAGUGUCGCCGGAAAAAUCACACUUAAACCAAUUUUAACAUGAAUGAUGAACACAAUUGCAAAACCUAGGUCACCAUAUACUUCACAUGGUUCCCUUCUCCAAUGCCCUCCUUCUCAAAAUCUCAAUCAAUUCGCACAAAACAAACUCCUUGCGUAGUAAAAUCCCUUCUUAAUUUAGUUUCUUCUGGCCAGCUCUACCAAGCAAUUUCUUCUCUCCAUCUCUUAUCACGCAGAGGCAUUCGCUUGCCCGCUCAAACCCUAGCUUACCUUCUCCAACAGUGCGCAAAUUCCAAAUCUCUUAAAUUGGGAAAAUGGGUUCAUUUGUAUUUGAAGUUAACUGGUAUGAAGAGACCCAAUACGCUUUUAGCUAAUAAUUUAAUCAAUAUGUAUUCAAAUUGCGGCGAUUUUGAUAGUGCAUGUAAGGUGUUCGACAAAAUGUCUGUUAGAAAUUUGUACUCUUGGAAUAAUAUGCUUUCUGGGUAUGCUAAAUUGGGUAAGAUUAAGCCGGCUAGGAAGCUGUUUGAUCAAAUGACGGAGCGAGAUGUUGUGUCAUGGAACACUAUGGUGAUCGCUUAUGCGCAGAGCGGGUUCUGCGAGGAGGCGUUGAGGUUUUAUAGGGAUUUUAGAGAGUUGGGAAUAGGAUACAAUGCGUAUAGUUUUGCGGGUUUGUUGAAAGUUUGUGUGAAGAUUAAGGAACUGGAGCUUAGUAGGCAGGCUCAUGGGCAGGUUUUGGUUGCUGGGUUCUUAUCAAAUUUGGUGAUUUCGAGUUCCAUUCUUGAUGCCUAUGCAAAAUGCAGUGAAAUGGGUGGUGCAAGGAGGUUAUUUUAUGAGAUGAUUGUUAGGGAUGUUCUUGCUUGGACGACAAUGGUUUCAGGGUAUGCUCAAUUGGGUGAUAUGGAGGCAGCUAAAGAGCUGUUUGAUUUGAUGCCUAAUAAGAAUCCUGUUUCUUGGACAUCUUUGAUUGCUGGAUAUGCUAGACAUGGCUUAGGUCACGAGGCACUCGAGUUGUUUACAAUGAUGAUGGAACUUCAUUAUAGACCGGAUCAAUUUACUUUUAGUAGUUGUAUUUGUGCUUGUGCUAGUAUAGCUUCACUUAAUCAUGGUAAACAAAUACAUGGUUAUUUGAUACGCACCAAUUUCAGACCUAAUACAAUUGUUGUUAGCUCUCUCAUUGACAUGUAUUCAAAAUGCGGCUGGUUGAAUAUUGGAAGAUUGGUUUUUGAUCUUAUGGGAGAUAAACGGGAUGUUGUUUUAUGGAAUACUAUGAUUUCUGCCCUCGCACAGCAUGGUCGAGGUGAAGAGGCUAUACAGAUGUUCAAUGACAUGAUUGGAUUAAGCAUGAAGCCAGAUGGGAUAACAAUGGUUGUAAUUCUUAAUGCAUGCAGUCAUUCAGGUCUUGUUCAUGAAGGGCUUAGGAUAUUCGACUCCAUGACUAGUUGUCACGGGAUCGUUCCUAGUCAGGAACAUUAUGCAUGCUUGAUUGAUCUCCUAGGCCGUUCAGGACAUUUUGAUAAGUUGAUUAAUCAACUUGAAAAGAUGCCAUGUAAGCCAAAUGAUCAAAUUUGGAAUGCCUUAGUAGGUGUGUGCAGAAUCCAUGGAAAUAUAGAAUUGGGAAGUAAAGUAGCUGAAAAACUUAUUGAAUUGAAGCCUCAAUCUUCUGCGGCUUAUGUAUUACUAUCAAGUAUAUAUGGUGCGCUUGGACGGUGGGAAUUGGUAGAGAAGGUGAGACAUCUUAUGAAUGAGAGACAAAUAAGGAAGGAGCGAGCCCUUAGUUGGAUAGAAAUUGAAAAUAAGGUGCAUUCAUUCACUGUAACAGAUAGGUUACACCCUUUGAAAGAGGUAAUAUAUUUAGUUUUGGAACAAUUAGCUGGCCACAUGGAAGAAGAGGUUUCGUCACCUAAUUGUGAGAGGUAGAAGAUUGCCGUUGUUUCUUAUUUCAAGUGGAAUGGAAGGAUAAGUACAAGUUUAUUACUUCGUUCAGUUUUACUCAAACUGUUACAUCUAACUUCAUUUGAAUGAGCUGGGUUUCUGGUGCAGUAGCAUGUAGUUCAGUUAUGCAUUUACAGAAUUGAAAUAUUGAAUCUCCAGAAUACAAUAAUUGCUUUGUACGUGUUUCCCGUAAAGGAAAUGGAUUAUUUUGGUAGCCAUCUUACUGAAGAUUGAAGCAAGUUCAUUAUAUUUUGGGCCCGACUUUGCAGCAAGAUAGGUAUGAGUGGGCAAGUCUGUGAAAUGAAUUUCAAAGAUGGAAAAGCUGCCGGAAAGAGGUGGAUUUCACAUCAUAAUAUAUACAACUUGCUUAUAAGUUACAAGGAGUUGAGGUUGUGGGGACAUUCACUAUCUUGAAUCAUUGAGCAAGACUAUGAAUAUUGAAUGCACAUGAUUGCCGGAUCAUAAUAUUUUUCAAAGGCUAUUUGGUUGAAGGAGCCAUACAUAUCCAUUGAUUCCAAGGUGAAUUAACUUGAACCAUAGAUUGAUUCCAAUUGAGCCCUUUAAUUCUCAUCAUGAUCAAUUAGUGGAUGUUUCAAUUUAUUUUAUUUUAUUUUUUAAUUUAUUAAAUUAUCUACUCUAAUGUUGGGGAUUGUUAUUUUGAUGACACGUGGAAAUGAUUUUGGCUCAAAAUCUCCCAUAUGAUUGUGAAGUUUAUUUGUUUAAAGGAAGGUCAUAGCAAACAACCAACAAACUUAAAGACAAAUUUGGACAGCCAUACAAGUGGACCAACCAACAAAUGCUACAUCUAUUACAAUUUUACAUUGAUUUUGACCCUCCACCAAUAAUUCAAGGCCACACACAAUAUACAAAAGACAACAAGGCAAGUCUUUUUCCUAAUCCAAGAUAUUACAUUGGAAAUUCAAUAAGUAGCUAGCUAUAUAAUAAAAAAUAAUUUUUAUUUUUACGUUCAUCGUAAAUGUGAUAAAUUCUCGUCUUAAUAUAUUGGUAUAAUCACGAGAUGGUUUGAACUUGAGUCUAAAUUUUUUUAUAAAAUAAAAAUACUAAUCCGAUCACUUGACAAUUGGCUCAUAAUGAAAUAUGUUAGAUUUUAAGUUAUUAAAAAAAAUCGAGUAAAGAGUCAAUUUGAUCCUUUAAUUUAUAAUUUGAGAUCAAAUAAUUCAAUUUCAGCUAUUUUAAUCAAUUACGGGCAAUAUUCUUUAUUUUAAUGUCAAUUAAAGACGAAAUUGGAUCAUUUCGGUCCUUAAUUGACUUAAAAAUAGAUAGUAAUAUUUCCAACUAAUUAAAUGGCCGAAAGCUAGUUAUUUGACCUCGAGUCACAAAUUCAGAAACCGAGAUAAACCUUUAGUAAAAAAUAUUCUAUAUAAAGGGUAGAAACUAGAAAAUAAUCUCAAAAAUCAGUAUAUCUACAACUCAUAAACUAAAGUCUUAACCGUAGAGUAACUCCACAAAAUUGACGUUAGAAUGUUGUAUAUUAAACCCCAUAAACUCAAUACUUUUUCUUUGUCUACCUUCUCCAUUACCUUCAAGAACAGGAAGAAGAAAGAUCCACCAUUUUUUCUUCUUCUUUUUGUUCUUGACCGUUGAUUGAUUCAACCAAUCA